GCUUUAGGCGUAAUUCACCCCUUUAUUUGUUUGAUAUCUUCGGCCGCCACUUCUACAACCUUGAAGAUGAAGUUUAAUAUCGCCAAUCCGACUACUGGAUGCCAGAAGAAGCUCGAAAUCGACGAUGAUCAGAAACUCCGUGCUUUUUUUGACAAGAGGAUCUCCCAGGAGGUCACUGGAGAUUCCCUCGGAGAGGAAUUCAAGGGCUAUGUUUUUAAGAUUAUGGGAGGUUGUGACAAGCAGGGUUUCCCAAUGAAACAGGGAGUUUUGACCCCUGGUCGUGUCCGUCUCUUGCUACACAGAGGAACCCCUUGUUUUCGCGGUUAUGGUAGGCGCAAUGGAGAACGCAGAAGGAAGUCUGUGCGUGGAUGCAUUGUGAGCCCUGACCUUUCUGUUCUGAAUCUGGUUAUUGUGAAGAAGGGAGAUAAUGAUCUUCCUGGCUUGACAGACACUGAGAAACCAAGAAUGAGGGGUCCCAAGAGGGCUUCCAAGAUUCGCAAACUUUUCAAUUUGUCAAAGGAGGACGAUGUUCGAAAGUAUGUUAACACAUACCGUAGAUCAUUCACCACAAAAUCUGGCAAAAAGGUUAGCAAAGCUCCCAAGAUUCAGAGGUUGGUUACUCCACUGACCCUGCAGAGGAAGCGAGGAAGAAUUGCUGAGAAAAAGAAGAGAAUUGCGAAGGCCAAGUCUGAGGCUGCCGAGUAUCAGAAGCUCCUGGCCUCUAGGUUGAAGGAGCAAAGAGAACGUCGCAGCGAGAGUUUAGCAAAGAAGAGAUCCAGACUCUCUGCUGCUUCAAAGCCAUCCAUUGCUGCUGCUUAGUUUUGCUUGCAUUGUUGGUGUCAGUGUUCUAUUAUCUUUAUAUUUGCCAUUUUUUUUCUUUCAAGAGUGUAUUUUUUGCGGCCGCUUAAUAUGAGAUCUGGAACGUUUUGGUAGUUUUGAUGUUUGUUAGUCCACAUUUUCUUCUUCCCUUUGUUUAUGGAUUCAUGCAAACUGUAAAUUGUUGUUUCUCACCAUAAAUAGAGAUUAGAAUCUCCAGCAUUUUGCAAA